CACCAGUGCACAAGUACACGUGUUCUGUGUGAAAUUUUCUCUCAUCUCGAAAACGAAUCAGCAAUCGCGAACGAGUCGAUAACUUGUUCAUCGUCGAUGUGAGUUUUGUUAAUGAGCUCGUCUUGUUCGGCUGUUUAAUCCAAACCGCGAAGAACGAUUUUAUUGAUGUGAUUUUCAUUUAUAUUGAACUGUUUUAUUCGAUCAAAUUUGGUGAUUUUUUUUUGAAUAUUGGUGGUGUGAUUAUUUUUCCCUGCAGAGAUAUUGCGGCUUUUUUGAUCAUCAAAGGCUUACACACACAAAUUGACAGUGGUGUUUGAUACGAGGAUAUUUGAGAGAUGCAACGUAAAAUGUGAUAAAAAUGGAUAAACAAGACCGCGAGACAACCCUCAGAACCGGACAUCGUUCCGGAUCCGGUUCAUUUUCCAUCGAUUCUCUUCUCUCAAAUACGACCAAACCGUCGACACCGGACGUCCCCAGCGAAUUUUCCCAAAAAGCGAUGCAUUAUUUUCACGAUCUCGAUAUCUUGGAUCGUAAAUGGAAAGACACCUACGAGCCAGACGUGGCGGAAUUUUCGCAGAAACAUUUAAACCUAGUGCGACAUAUUAAAAACAUAGACACUUAUUUACCGUGGAUAUCGCCGAAUUCGAAUUUCUUCGCACAUACCCACGGUGCCGAGCAUUUAUCUUACGAAGACGCUAAACGAAUAAUUCCACCGGUCGGUGAAGCCCUAGAUCACGUGAAUUUUCCAGCAGCUUAUUCCAAUUUACAUUUUCCAUUGUUGUAUUCGUCAUGGUUACCAGUUGCCAACGCAAAUCCUGUUAUCAAAACUUCCACAGAGUCUGUGGAGUAUCCUUAUAGUCAACCGUAUGCUACGAGUAGUCCUAUCAGGGAUGAGAAUACCGAUAGCGAUGAUUCCAAGUCAGAUAUUUCAAGGAUAUCCGAUACUCCUAAAGAUUUCUCGUGUACUAAGCAACGCAAUAAUAAUGCUUCGCUGAAAUCAGAAAACGCGGACGAAGAUGACGACGAUGACGACACCGAUGGUAACCAGAAAACCGCCUCAGGGGGUAAUAAAAUUCGUCGCAGACGGACAGCUUUCACUAGCGAACAGCUUUUAGAGCUCGAGAAGGAAUUUCAUGCCAAGAAAUACCUCAGUUUAACCGAACGUUCGGAAAUAGCCAAUUCAUUAAAUUUGAGCGAAGUUCAGGUUAAAAUCUGGUUCCAAAAUCGCCGAGCUAAAUGGAAACGAGUCAAAGCUGGCCUAAGUGCUACAUCCAGCGCGUGCGGAGGACACAGAAAUCAAAACUCUUCCAAUACUAAUAAAAUCGUAGUUCCUAUACCAGUUCAUGUCAACAGAUUCGUCGUACGAAGUCAACAUCAAGAAUUAGAAAAAUCGCUAUCCGGUAUGGGUAAUUUAGCUAAUUUGAAAAUGUUCCCAGUCAAAAGAGACGCCGAAAUUGGGAACCGAGAAAUGGCCAGAUUUUAAAGCAUUUCGAUUUUCAAUUCACCUCUACGCACCUCAUCCUCCUUGCCUCUCUCCGACUCUCCAUGGUACGAUAAUCUAAGAACAAAGUAAAAAUUUUAUUGAUUCAGUCAUCGACGAAAUUCCUAUGUAAAUAUACGAGUAAAUCAAAAUCAACCGCGUGUGGUUUGUAAAUACUGCGUAAGUACGCGUAUUUAUUAAAUAUACCACUCGAAAAUGUAAAAUGAACCGGCUUCAGAGAGGCGGGAAUUUAUUUCUUUUAUCGUAUUUUAUAUUUGUCAACUGUGAUCUUUUAAAUUAUUCUGUCAUUUUAUCGUCGUAUAUUUUUUUUUGUGUGUUUGUUUUGUUUAUUGUCUAUAUUACACGUAUAUUUUUCUUUUGUAAUACUGUUUUAUAUUGGAGUAUUUAUACGUGUUUGUUUUCCCCCUUCUUCUUCUUCUUCUACUACUUUAUUUUUGUUUCAUUUAUUUUCGUGUUUAUUUAUUUUUUUUCUUUUUCAAAUCAUUUUUUUUUUCAUUUUUGUGUUUGUGUGAUGACUGUUAAAAUAUGUAGUUGUAUAGAUGUAAAUUAUAGAUGUAUAGCUUCGAAUUUAAUGAGAGAACAAAUUAGUGUUAGAUUAGGUACUACUAAUGAUUAAUUGAAAAUUUUAUCAACAUUCAAUAAAAUAUUUAU